AUGGGUGCUGCCCCCCCCCCAGCUGAACUGCCAGAGCCAGGCCGGGUGCUGCUGCGGGAGCUGCUGCGGGAGCACCGGAGGCUGCAGGACCUGACCCUGCAGCUGCAGGAGAAGCAUCACCGGGAGUCCCUGGAGCUGGCUGAGCUCCAGGACAAGGCCACGUCGGCCGAGACCAAGGUGUUGGAGAUGGGGACGACGCUGGAGGGGCUGCAGUGGGACAGCGCCAAGCUGCGCAAGCGCGAGGGCCGCCUCGACCGCCGCCUGGCCGAGGCCCUGGAGCAGCUGACCUCCGGCUCCUACGGCUCUGCCAGCUCCGGAGGCUUCCAGGGGGGACAAAUCACCCUCAGCAUGCAAAAGUUUGAGAUGCUGAACGCGGAGCUGGAGGGGAACCAGGAGCUGGCCAACAGCCGCAUGGCCGAGCUGGAGAAGCUGCAGCAGGAGCUGCAGCAGGCCGUGAGGGGGCACGAGCGCCUCAAGGUGGCGCUGCGCUCGCUGCCCGAGGAGGCCGUCAAGGAGACGCUGGAGUACAAGGUGCUCCAGUCCCAGUUCUCGCUGCUCUACCACGAGAGCCUGCAGGUGAAGACCCAGCUGGACGAGGCCCGAGCCCUCCUCCUCACCACCAAGAACAGCCACCUCCGCCACAUCGAGCACAUGGAGAGCGACGAGCUGGGGGUGCAGAAGCGCCUGCGCACCGAGGUCAUCCAGUUGGAGGACACCCUGGCCCAGGUGCGCAAGGAGUACGAGAUGCUGCGCAUCGAGUUCGAGCAGAACCUGGCCGCCAACGAGCAGGCUGGCCCCAUCAACAGGGAGAUGCGCCACCUCAUCAGCAGCCUCCAGAACCACAACCACCAGCUCAAGGGCGACGUCCAGCGCUACAAGAGGAAGCUGCGGGAGGUGCAGGCCGAGAUCAACAAGCUCCGCCUCCAGGCCACCGGCGCCCCUCCCCCUUCCCCCAUCGCCCCUCCCCCUCCUCCCCCACCCACCCCUCCCCCCACCCCCACCCCCCCCACCCCUUCUUCCCAGGACGAGCCACCCCCCACCUCCGCCCCUCCCCCCCCCUCGGGGGCUGCUGCCCCCGCCCCUCCCCCCCCUCCGGGCCCCGCCCCUUUGAAGGAGGAGGACGGAGGGGGCGUGGCCCCGGAGCCCAAGCGGGAGGAGGCGGCCCCGCCCCCUCGGCGGGGUGGGGGGGAGGAGGAGGAGCUUCCGAGCCCCGCCCCCGCCACCCCUCCCCCACCCCGCACCAAGGAACCCCCCCUGCCCCCUCCCCCCCCCGUUCCCAUCCUCCCCGGGCCCCUCCCCCCUCCCCCCUCCUCCUCCCAAUCCCGGCCCGGAGCUUCCCGGGAGCGGCCGAGGGCCAAGGGGGGAGGGGGAGGGGCGGGGGGAGGGGGAGGCCCCGCCCCCACCCCCGAGGAGGCCAAGAAGAAGGAUUCGGAGCUGCUCAAGCAACUGCGGGGGGAGCUCAAGAAGGCGCAGGAGAGCCAGAAGGAGAUGAAGCUGCUCCUGGACAUGUACAAGUCAGCGCCCAAGGAGCAGAGGGACAAAGUGCAGCUGAUGGCGGCCGAGAGGAAGAGCAAGGCCGAGGCGGAGGAGCUGCGGGCGCGGGCGCGGGAGCUGGAGGAGCGCGAGCGGCGCGAGAGCAAGAAGCUGGCGGACGAGGAGGCGCUGAGGCGGCUGCGGGCGGGCGAGGAGCACAUCGAGCUGCUGCAGCGCCGCCUGGCGGCCACCAAGCAGGAGGAGGAGGCGCUGCUGUCGGAGAUGGACGUGACGGGCCAGGCCUUCGAGGACAUGCAGGAGCAGAACCUGCGGCUCCUGCAGCAGCUGCGCGAGAAGGACGACGCCAACUUCAAGCUCAUGUCGGAGCGCAUCAAGGCCAACCAGAUCCACAAGCUCCUGCGCGAGGAGAAGGACGAGCUGGGCGAGCAGGUCCUGGCCCUCAAGGCGCAGGUGGACGCACAGCUGCUGCUGGUGCAGAAGCUGGAGGAGAAGGAGCGAGCACUGCAGAGCAGCCUGGGCAGCGUGGAGAGGGAGCUGGCGGUGCGGUGCCAGGGCCUGGAGCUGCACAAGAGGAAGGCGGUGGAGGCGGCGCAGUUGGCCGAGGACCUGCGGGCGCAGGGGGAGCACGUCCAGGCCCGGCUGCGGGAGCUGCAGAGCUGCGCCGCCGAGAACAGGGCUGCCAAGGAGAAAGAGUCCCUGAGCCUCAAGAGGGCCCAGGAGGAGCUCUCCCGCCUGCGCCGGAAGCUGGAGAAGCAGCGCAAGGUCGAGGUUUACGCCGACGCCGACCAAAUCCUGCAGGAAGAGAUCAAGGAAUAUCGGGCCCGCCUCACCUCCUGCUGCAACGCCCGCAAGAAGGACGCCGUCCUCACCAAGUGCUUCCACGUCUUCUGCUUCGAGUGCGUGCGGAGCCGCUACGAGACCCGGCAGCGCAAGUGCCCCAAGUGCAACGCGGCCUUCGGGGCCCACGACUUCCACCGCGUCUACAUCAGCUGAGCCCCACGGCCACCCAUA